AUCAAAGAAAAGCCAACAUGCGUUUGGUUCAGCUUCUCUGCUGCGUCGUGGCGACGCUCCUGGGCGGCGUGGCCGCGGGCGUCGACCUCACCUUCCCCGAGCACGAUGCGGUUGCUGCAGUGACCGACCUCGUCGUCCGCCGCCUCGGCCAUCGCUACGUCGAGCAGUUUACAUUUGCCACGGUGGCACCGACGGCCGAGGGCCUCGACGUGGCCGAAGUGAGCGCUGUCGACGGCAAGAUACGCCUGGCGGGCUCGAGCGCCACCGCAUUGGGCUAUGGCCUCCAAUGGUACCUCAAGACGGUCGUGCACACACAGACGGACUGGGAAGAUCACGCCCUCCAGCUGCCGCCGGUGCUGCCCCUUCCGCCUGGCAGCCACCGCCUCGAGAAGGCCUCCAAGUACACGUACUACCAAAACGUGUGCACGGUGAGCUACUCGUCGUGGUCGUGGUCCUGGGCGAAAUGGGAAAAGCACAUUGACUGGAUGGCGCUCAACGGCAUCAACAUGCCAUUGGCGUUUACAGGCCAAGAGAAAGUGUGGCAGGCGACGUUCGAGCAGUUUGGCAUCUCCACCGCAGGCAUGGACAAGUUCUUUGCCGGCGCCGCGUUCCUCGCGUGGGGGCGCAUGGGCAACCUCCGCGGCAGCUGGGUCAAGGGUCCGCUGCCCCAGGCGUUUAUUGACGACCAGUUUGAACUCCAAGUGCGCAUUCUCGCCCGGAUGCGCGCGUUUGGGAUGCUCCCGGCGCUACCUGGCUUUGCGGGCCAUGUGCCCGAAGAAGUCGCGUCCAAGUUUGCCAACGCAUCGAUCUCGCGGUCGCCCAACUGGGGCAACUUUCCGGACGCGUACUGCUGCGUCUACAUGCUCGAGCCGACCGACCCGCUCUACCUCGCGAUCGGCAAGACCUUUGUGGCCGUGCAGCGCCGCCUGUAUGGCUACACGUCGUCCUUGUACCAAGCCGACACGUACAACGAGAUGGAUCCGUCGCAGUCGGACCUGCCGUACCUCGCAAAAGCAUCGAAAGCCGUCAUCGACAGCAUGGUCGCGUCGGAUCCGAACGCAGUGUGGCUCAUGCAAGGCUGGCUCUUCUUGAGCGACUACUGGACCAACGACCGCAUUGAGGCCUACGUUGGCGGUGUUCCCGAUGACAAGCUGCUCAUCCUCGACCUCUACAGCGAGGUGGUGCCGAUCUGGGAAAAGAGCCACAACUACUUUGGCAAGUCGUGGAUCUACUGCGUCUUGCACAACUUUGGCGGCAAUCUCGGACUCAAGGGCGACCUCCCGACGCUCGCGACCGACCCCGUCGCUGCCCGUGGGCGUAGCAAUGGCACGAUGGUCGGCGUCGGCCUCACGAUGGAAGGCAUUUUUCAAAAUUACAUUGUGUACGACCUCGCGCUCGCCAUGGCGUGGGCCGCCUCGCCCGUCGACGUGCCGUCGUACGUCAACAGCUACGUGACGUCGCGCUACCACAGCAGCGAUGCCAACGCUCUUGCUGCGUGGACACUAUUGUCCUCAUCGGUCUACAACGUAACGAAAGAGUAUGGCGGCGUCACCAAGAGCAUCGUGACGCGCCGGCCGCAUUGGCACCUCGACGCCUCGACGUUCAUGCCGUCCAACAUCAGCUACGACCACGGCGCUGUCAUCCGGGCGUGGCAGAGCCUGCUUCGUGCCGCAGACUCGGCACCGGCCCUCGCCACCACCGACACGUACCUGCACGACGUCGUCGACGUGACACGUCAAGCACUCAGCGACGCCAUCUUGAUCGACUACAAGCAUCUUCGCGCGGUCUUUCGUGCCGGCAGCGCGUCGUCGAGCGAGGUCUACGCGAUCGCCCAGCGCAUCUUGGACCGGAUCGUAGGCAUGGAGCGGGUGCUCGCUUCCCACCACGACUUUCUCCUUGGCCGCUGGCUCUUUGACGCCAAGGACCUCGCCGGGAGCAACACCGACCUUGCGUUGUACUACGAGUACGAAGCCCGCAAUCAGGUGACGCGCUGGGGUGACAGCAACGGCAACACACUUGGCGACUAUGCGACCAAGCAGUGGGCGGGUCUUGUCGGCAGCUACUACCUCGUCCGCUGGCGCAUCUGGCUCAACGAAGUGUGCAGUGCGUACGAGGCCAAGCGGCCGGUCGACGAGAAGGCGACCAAGGCGGCCAUGGAAGCCUUCGAGCUUGGGUGGCAGACCGAAAUCAUCUCGUACCCGAUCGACGCCCACGGCGACACGCUCGCCAUCGCCAAGGCUCUCUUGCAAGAGUUCGUUGGCCCGGCGCCGGUCUAUGAUAUGGGCGUUGGGUUUUUGCCUGCCCUUGCGCAUUAGGUUGUCAUGAUAACCUUAGUCGAUUGUUUCUACUGUAGUAGUAGGCAACUUGACCAACCCGAC